CCAACAGCAGUACCGAACCGUUCACUUCACUUCCAUUUCCUCGUUUUUGAGUUUAUCCGUUUGUAUGGUUUGUUAUUGACAUGCGAACCUAAAUAAUGUCGGUACAUUUUUUUAUCAGGUGCAUGUAUAGUCUACUGAAGCCGAUGCUGCUCUUUUUACUGCUUACUUGCCCUCUGGGUGUCCUGCUCUUUUACGCUCUGAGAAGAAGAGUCCAGCAGAGGGGUAGAAGUCAGUUCAGUCACCUGAGGGAGCAAGACCAGGAUGGGAAGAAGCCGGUGGUGGUGGGUUUCUUCCACCCGUACUGUAAUGCCGGUGGGGGAGGGGAACGGGUGCUGUGGUGUGCCAUCGCAUCUUUGCAGGAAAGGUACUCCUUUGUGAAGUGUGUGGUGUACACAGGUGAUACCGAUGUCGGGGGGGAAGAGAUCAUUCGCAAGGCCAAGCAACGCUUCAACAUCACCCUCACCAAACCCGUAGAGUUUGUCUAUCUCAAGAAACGCCGCAUGGUGGAGGCUGAGACUUAUCCUUUCUUCACCCUCCUGGGGCAGAGCCUUGGCUCCAUGGUGCUAGGCUGGGAGGCCCUGACAAGCUGUGUGCCAGAUGUGUACAUCGACUCCAUGGGCUACGCCUUCACCCUCCCACUCUUCAAGUACUUUGGCCAGUGCAAGGUGGGCUGCUAUGUACACUACCCGACCAUCAGCACUGAUAUGCUUGGCCGGGUGGCGAAGCGGACGGCCACAUACAACAACCCUGGCUUUGUCGCCCGGAGCCGCGUGCUCAGCUCCCUCAAGUUGGUCUACUACCGCUUGUUUGCCCGUCUCUAUGGGGUUAUGGGUGCACGAAGUGAUGUGGUGAUGGUCAACUCCUCGUGGACGAAUGGACACAUACAAGACAUCUGGCAGAUACCAGCACGGACGAGCGUUGUGUACCCGCCUUGUGACACGGACGCCUUCCUUCAGCAGCCGCUGGUUCUCGAAGAGGGACGAAAGCAGCAUGUCAUUGUAUCCAUCGCUCAGUUCCGACCGGAGAAGGAUCACCCUUUGCAGAUCAAGGCUUUUAAUGAGCUCCUCAGGAGAUACCCAAUGGAGGAGUGGAACAGCCUCCGACUAGAGCUGAUCGGCAGUUGUAGGAACAAAGGCGACGCCGAUCGCAUUGACAUGCUGAGGGAGAUGUGCGAGGAUUUCAACAUCCGUCCCAAUGUUGACUUCUUGCUUAACAUUUCAUUUGAUGAUCUCAGAGCACAUCUGUCUGCUGCAACCAUUGGACUGCACACUAUGUGGAAUGAACACUUUGGAAUAGGUGUUGUGGAAUGCAUGGCCGCAGGGACAGUUAUCGUGGCCCACGACUCAGGGGGGCCAAAGAUGGACAUUGUGGUGGAAAUCAAUGGCAAAUUGACAGGGUUCCUUGCCAAUGACGUGAAGAGCUAUGCUGAUGCCAUGGAAGCUAUCCUCAAGAUGACUCCCGAGGAACGGUUGGAGAUCCGACAGAGUGCAAGAGCAUCAGUGGAACGAUUCUCCGAGCAAGAAUUCAAGAAAGGUUUCCUUGCCGCAACAGAAGUGCUGAUCAACUAACUUAAACUUACAAAAAUAAUUUUCAGGCCAACCAUAGCCUAACCUCUCUUUUUUUUAAAGACAUUAUUGAAGAAAUUACUUUGGAGGUUCAGAUUAAGAAUUUUUUAUUAGUUUAAAUUAUGAAAUUAAUGCUAAUCUCCAUUUUUGUUUCAUCAAAAUUGUACAUAACCACUUUAUUUUUUUUUAAAGAAGAUGAUAUUCAUCCUGUUAAGCAUUCCUUCAAAAUAUCGACGAUUAUAUUGUGCAUACUAAGAUUCUCCACUUUUCCAAUUAUUCAGAACAUUUUCUCAGAUCAUUUUUCUGCAUGCAUUCUGAAUACUAGUCCAACGUUCAUGACUUACAGCUCAUUUACUCGCAUCCUACUUCCUGUGCUCUCAAGCAUGUUGGCUCCAGAAAAUUCUUCGAAAUUUUGUCUGGAAUAGAUUUCUCAAUUGGUAGCCAAUCCAAACCUGGGAAUAUAUUAUCUGUUAUCGAAUACACUGAGAUCAAGUCACAGGUGCAGUGCCUUACGUUAUCAUGCCAUUAAUCAGUGUGCGCAUCUGUUUCCAUAGAAACGGGCAGUGAACUGUGUGUUAGUUUACAUUAUCUUGUGCACUUGACAGCAUGGUUCACUUCUCCGUCAUUAAAAAAGCUUAAAUGAUGUAUAUUUGAACGUGAUUAUCAAUGCUAUUUUUUUAUCCGUUUUCAUUAUUGCUUGUGAAGUAGGCCUACCCUAGUAUAAUGAGAACCAAACAAAGAAUUUAAAGAUUUAUGUUAUGCAAAAGCUUCAAUCUUUUUCAAUUUUCAAAGGUCUUUGAGUCACAAAUCACAUUAAAGCAUCAUUUGCAAUCUUUCAGCUUGUCAUUAA